AUGCGCUCUACCACAUAUUUAUGUUAACUACCAAACCGAGUGUCGCAGUGUACAUUGAUACAAGUUGUUAAUUAAAGGACAGGACAUUGAACAGAAACCGCCAAGUUGAAUGUACCUUUGGUGACAUUGAAAUGAAUUGAGAUCUUUUUUUAGGGAGUGUCGACUGAUCAAGACUAUUCAAAAUGCCAGAAAGUCAAAGAAUGCAGGAUGUGGACAAUGUGAGGGUGGUGGUACGUUCAAGACCUAUGAAUGACAAAGAAAAAGAAACAAGUUGUGUGGAAGUUGUAAAAAUUGAAGAAGUGAGAGGCACAGUGAAUGUGAAAAAUCCUCAGGGCAUGCCCUCAGAGCCUCCAAAAACAUUCACAUUUGACAUUGUUUUUGGGCCGGACUGCAAGCAACUUGAUGUAUACAACAAAGUGGCAAGGCCAGUAGUAGACUGUGUUCUGGAGGGAUACAAUGGCACAAUUUUUGCUUAUGGACAGACCGGUACUGGGAAAACGUUCACAAUGGAAGGUUUGAGAGCUAUUCCUGAAAAGAGAGGAAUAAUUCCUAAUUCUUUUGCCCACAUUUUUGGUCAUAUUGCCAAAGCAGAAGGAGACACAAGAUUUCUUGUGCGAGUAUCCUACCUGGAGAUUUACAAUGAAGAAGUGCGAGACUUGCUGGGAAAAGAUCAACACCAAAGACUGGAGGUCAAAGAAAGGCCUGAUGUUGGUGUGUAUGUCAAAGACUUGUCAGCUUUUGUUGUGAAUAACGCAGAUGAUAUGGAUCGCAUCAUGACACUUGGAAACAAAAAUAGAUCGGUGGGUGCUACUCACAUGAACAUGCACAGCUCCCGCUCCCAUGCCAUCUUCACAGUGACCAUUGAGUGUAGUGAGAAAGGACCAGACGGGGAGCAGCACGUUCGCGUGGGAAAACUGCAUUUGGUCGAUUUAGCGGGUUCGGAACGUCAGGCCAAGACAGGUGCCACAGGCCAGAGACUUAAGGAAGCCACCAAGAUCAACCUGUCCCUGUCCACCCUGGGUAACGUCAUCUCCUCCCUGGUAGAUGGGAAGAGCACCCAUAUCCCCUACAGGAACUCCAAGCUCACCAGGCUGCUGCAGGAUUCUCUAGGAGGAAACUCAAAGACAGUCAUGGUGGCAAACAUUGGCCCAGCUGACUACAACUACGAUGAGUCUAUCAGCACACUGAGGUACGCAAACCGGGCCAAGAACAUCAAGAACAGAGCCAAGAUCAACGAAGACCCCAAGGACGCUUUGCUACGACAGUUCCAGAAGGAGAUCGAAGAGCUGAAAAAACAACUGGAAGAUGGAGAUUAUGAAGAAGAAGGUAGUGAAGAGGAGUCUGGCUCUGAAGAGGAAAUCGUUGAUGAGAAUGGAGUUAAGAGAAAGGUGAAGAAAAAGAAAGGGGAUGAAGAUGCAAAGCGUCACAUCUCCAAGGAGAAAAUGCUGGAGAUCCAAGCGAAGAUUGAGGAAGACCGGAAGUUGCUGGAGUCGAAGAAGGACAUGGCGGAGGAAGAGAGAAACAAAGUCAAGACAGAUUUGGACAAAAAGGAAAACGAACUCAAGAAAUAUCAGGAUGAGCAAGAGCAGCUGAAGCAGAAGCUGACGGUGAUAGAGAAGAAAAUCAUCGUGGGCGGGGAGAACCUUCUGGAGAAGGCUGAGGAGCAGGAGAGACUUCUGGAGGAGAGUGCUAAGGAGCUGGAGGCUCGCAAGGAGAAGGAAGAGGAGCUGAAGAAGGCUUUGGAGGAGAAAGAGCAAGAACGCUUGGACAUAGAGGAGAAAUACUCGAGUCUGCAGGAAGAAGUUGCUGGCAAGACCAAGAAGCUGAAACGUGUGUGGACGAUGUUGAUGCAAGCUAAGUCUGAGAUUGCGGACUUACAACAAGAACACCAGCGAGAGAUGGAAGGGCUUCUGGAGAACGUGAGACAGCUGAGCCGCGACCUCAAGCUACAGAUGACCAUCAUAGACAGUUUUAUACCACCGGAGUACCAGGACAUGAUAGAGCAACACGUCCACUGGAACGAUGACAUCGGGGAGUGGCAGCUGAGAUGUGUGGCCUACACCGGCAACAACAUGAGGAAACAGACUCCACAGCCUGAGAAAGAAAAGGAAAAGCAGAGCCCAGAGAUUGACUUGUCCCACGUGUACCUGGCCUACACCAGAGAGGGAGAGGCCGAGGCCUUGAGGCCAAAGACAGGGAAAGGUUCAAAGUCUGGCAGACCAAAAACAGCAAACAGGCCAAAGAGCUCAAAGAAAAAACGCAAAGAUGCCAACAUCGAUUCGGUGCUUCAAUGACUGUUGGUGUGGUCCGUCAGUCUGCUCAUGUUCAAAUCUCUGCUGCUGUUGGACUGUGUGGAGGAGAAGGUGCUGGGGUCUCUGGCUCUGGUGGCUUCUCUCAGAGUCUCGUGAGGAGAAGGGAAAAGGUCACCGCUUUGAAGACAGCAGUUCUGCUUUCUGGAUAGUCAGAGGACAUUAUGUUUGUGUUCAACAGUUACAGAUCUAUACACGUUUCUUCUACACAUCUGGUUGCUACAUGGGUAAGGUGAAAUGUAUACAGACACAAACUGUGGAGGGGAACAUUUUUAGAACAAGUUUUGAAAGAGUAAUCUGAGUUUCCAAAAUGUCAGUAAGUUUUUUUCCGAUUGUUUCAGUCGUUUAAUUUUGGACAUUUUUUUUCCAGUCCAAGAGAAUUGUGAGUCCUUUGUGUUGCAUUUUCAGUCUAGCUGGCCUCUUGCAAACUCUCCCUGGUUCCCAUUUCAGAAUGUAUGUGAUCUCCCUUGUAGAUCCAAAUAUUCAUGACAAGUUCUGUGAAUGUACUUAUAAAGUAUCUGAAAAACACGAAAAUGUUCCUUCACUUUGGCCCUGAUGUGUGGGAUAUCUAAGGAAAGGGGAGGCUUUUCCUUUUUGUGGGUGCUCUGGUGUGGUUUGCUCGUUCUUUCUUAUCCAACAUCUUUUAUUUAUUUUUUUUGGUCUCUUUGUAUGUUACUCACAAGUGACACCUCUAAAUCUCUUGCUCUUAAAUGACCUAUUUUUGUCACAAGUGCUGUAAAACUCACAAAAAGAAAAUGAAACUUUUCCUUAUUUCACAUCUUUACACCUAAAGAGCAGUAGACCUAUCUUUUGGCUGCCAACUUGCUCUCUUUGUUGCUGUGCUCAUAUGACUGCCUUAGAAUGGGAUACCAUGCUGUUUUUAAAAUAAAACAAGCAUGUAAGACUGAUAAUGUAGCUGAAAAUUUCCCCCCUUCAGACAUUACCAUUUUGUCAGUUGUCACAAUGCGAUGUGAAUGAGACAGAAAUUCUUGUUUAAGAGUGUGGGCUUGCUUUCCUUUCCUUCCGACCCAGAUUAUCAACACAAUAUUUUCUAUCUCCAUCUUUUAUUAUAAUAUCAGGAAAGAAAACAUCUUUCCACAUGAAAACUGUUCGUUUUCCUGCAAAGGUACAUCCAAAAAAUCCUCCAUAUAUGUGAAAUGUAACACUUGUAACAGUUCAGCAGUGACAAUAACUUUUGGAUCUGAUAUCUGAUGUAGACAGUACCAAUCCUUUCAUCUUGUCUGACUUUUGACUCACCUCAGUGAAGAAUGUGGCUUUUUCCCAUUACUUAUGAUAGUGAUAAUGUGAUACAUUUGUAAUAUUGUACCAGGGAGAUAGGGAACUAAUUUUUUUGGGGGGGGUUUUUUUGCUUUUUUUUUUUACUCUGUAUCUGAAGAGAUUGAGCCAUUGGCUACGAUCGAAAUGCAAUUUAAUUACUGUGAUAAAAAGCUACUUACGAGUAUUUAUUCUGUUUUGAUAAGUAGAAAAAAAUUGAACAUAAUGAAAUUUGUUUUAUUUCAUAUCUAUGGAAGUCUGAGAAUUUUUAUAUUGUACAAGAAUGUGGAAGAUGGAGAAACUGACAAGUGACAUUACUACUUUUGCUAUAUUACCUUUUUUAAAAAUUUAUUUGAUGUAUGUUUUAAACAGUAUUAUGGGAAUAUUUUGUGAGUAUGAAUAUUUUAAAAAAUCCUCUGGGAACUUAACUAUGAUAAUUUAUGGUCUCUCUAUAGAAUAAGUGAAGGUAACGUGAUCAUAUAUCUUUGAAUUUUGAAGGAAGUGAUUUUUGAGGACUUUCGUGGAAGGAAAUGAUAAGCUUCCAAAACUCUUGAGAUAUUAGAAAAUAAAACUGUACGAGUCUGUAAAACGAAAGUAAAUUCAGAUAGUUACGCUCUCUGUGGUCUCAGUAAGAAAUGCCAUGGAGACUGUAUUAUUUGUUAUUUCUUACACUGGUUAGCCCAGUUAGUAAAAGUCUCGAUGUCUUACAUCUUUGUUCCAAGAGAUGAAAUGUUAGCGCAAUGACUUUUUUCUUUUCCUUGUUUUGAGCGUAAUAUGUUGGCUGCAGAAACAAAUCUUUUAGAGAUUGCAUCUUCACCUUUCUAGAUGAAUGCUUUGCAGUUCAAUUUUUUAAUCCGUCCUUCUGCUCUGAUAAUCACUUUAGGUUGUGACCUUACCACUUGUUUCAUUUUCUGUUGCAUGAAUUUGUCCGUAAUCUAAUUUUAGAGAUCUGUUCUUAGGAAAGAUUUAUUGAUCUAAUGAUCGUUUAGUCCCUGAUUGGUUGUAUUUUACACUGUUUUGACUUUUCACAUCUGAAUUGUCAACGACCAGCCAUUCAUAUUGACAUGUUAUGCUGUAAAUACUAUCAACUGUAAAUAAAAUCAAUUUUCAUAAACCAGAAAA